CCCUGUCCGGCUGCUCCUUCCAACUCGCACGCACCCACCACCCGCACCACCCAACCCAGGCCAGACACGAGCGAGCAAGCGGCAGCACGAUCCGCGAUCCCGUUCCAUCGUCCAUGGAGGCGGAGGCGUUCCCGAUACGGUUCACGCGGGGCGUGCGCGCCUACUGGCGCCGGCGCAAGUACCACCGCCUGGAGGCCGCGGACGGCGGCAAGGCCACGCGGCAGCUGGGCGCGGCACGGCGCGGCGGCGGGUGGGGCGCCGUGCGGCGGCUGCGCGUGCGCGUGCGCGUGGCCCUGGCCGCGCCGCGGCGCGUGCUGGCGCGGGCGCGGGACGCGUCCGUGGGCGCCAUGCUGGCGCUGGCCCGGCGGGCGUCCGCGCUCGCGCUGCCCGGCGGCGCCGACGGGCUCUGGGCCAGGCGCCGGAAGCAGCUGCCGGCGCCGCGGGGCGACGGCGCGCCCACCGAGUUCGAGCAGCGGCUCAUCCUCGAGAUCUACAAGUCCAUCGUCGCGUCCAAGGAGCUCACCACCAUGCUCCACUCCUCCGCCGCGCACCUGCCGCCGCGGGCGGCCGCCGCGCCGCCGAUGCCCGCCAAGCACCUGCUCGACAUGUGAUGCGAUGCUCGCCGGAGAAAGGCAUGCACGCGCUGCUGGCCCGAUCCGAAGCUGAUCUGUGUACGCUCUUCCCCUUAGCUCGUAGCGACAGUGAGAAUCUGAAGUUUAGUGAGCGCCGUUAGUUAUGAUGUGCGUCCAGUAACAACCGUCCUUGCCCUGUGAAUUCGAGACAGAAUUUAGAGCCGUCCCCUGCUUCCUCUUUGGGUGCAUGCGAGCAAAGCAAGCCGCCCUGCUGCGAAAGAGGCAGCGUGCAAAGUGUAAAUUCUAAGGAAAAUCCGCAGAGCAAAUCCGUGGCUUGGUUUUGUAUGUAUGAUUCAUCAGAGAUUAUUCAGCAUUGUUUUUUUUAAAAAAGAAAAAAAUUAUUCAGCAACUACCA